AUGGAGAAAGAGACGACGGCAAAGAUCUCCUUCACUCUUUCCUCAUCCUCGUCUCGCCCCAAUCCCUCCGCGGCCCAAAUCCCGUCUCAAUCCUUCCCUUACCGAGGAGCCGUCACCGCCUCCACCCAAGGAGACCCCGGAGACGAGGGCGAGGAUGGCGUCGCCAAGCCCCAGUUCAUCUCCGUCUUCGACGCAUCCCAAACCCUAGCCGUCUCCCACGACGCCAGGUCCGUCAUCAUCCCUCCCGUCCCGGACGCCAAGACGAAGUGCCCCCUCCCUGUUCCCGCCCCCGAUGACGAUUACAUGCGCUGGAAGUUCAGAGACGACAUGAAGGAUCUUCCCCAAGAUCGUGGGUUGGAUGAGUUUAAGGACAUCAGGGUUGAGGACUUCCCGUUCGCCUAUCUCGCUGGAUAUGGGUGGUCGGAGGGCCAGGUGAUCGGGCGGAACAAGAUGCUGGCAGAUCCCAAGGUCGUUGAACACAAGAGGAGAUAUGGAACUGAAGGGCUCGGGUAUCACAAGAGAAAGAAAGAAACUCGGACCCUGCAACAAGAAGAACAGAUCGGUGGUCUGUGCUUGUCGAACGAGGGUCAGUCUCGAGCAGCUUUCGAGGGCAAUAGGUUUGGAAUGAGAAGAGUUUUGGGAAUUGAAAUCCCUUGGAAAUUGGUUCCAAACAAGUAG